GAAGCUUCUUAAAUUUCCCAGACAAAACAAUAUCAGGGAACCCUAACAUACAAAAUCAAUUCAAAAUUGAAAAUUCCCCCAAAUCUAAGAAGUCAGAAUUCACCGUCCGAUUCAUUCAUUCAAUGGAGGCUCCGGGCUCAUCGAAGAAGAUGAUAGCGACGCAGGAGGAGAUGGUUGAGGCCAAAGUGCCGCUGGCGUACAGAGACCAAUGCGCCCAUCUGCUCAUCCCCCUCAACAAAUGCCGUCAGGCGGAGCUCUACCUUCCCUGGAAGUGCGGCUCCGAGCGCCACAUCUACGAGAAGUGCGAGUACGAGCUCGUCAUGGAACGGAUGCUCCAGAUGCAGAAGAUCCGCGAGCGCGAAGCCCAGUCGAAGUCGCAGCCCAUUCCCCUAAUCCCCAAAACCGCCAAUGCUUGAUUCCACAUUUUGAUGAUGAUGAAUGAUCCUUUUCAAGGAAGAAGCUGGAAGUAUUGACAGUGGCAGAAUGUGGUCCGAGUUUCACCAGAACUUUUCCCUGUUAAAUUGUAAAGGGAAGUGGAAUUUAUAACUUUGGUUUUCUCAAGGUACACCAGUCUGUAAUAAAUAACGCAUCUGAUUGUGUUCCAUGUUUACAUAUUUUCCAGUCUUUUACAAAAUAUCCAUGAAACGAAUGUGUUUUACUUCUAAA